AUGGUGUCUCCAGUCGGGAUGGAUGUGAGUUAACGGUCUGACCCGGGUCUGUGGUUCUCAGGACGGGGUCUGAGGGUGAGGAGGAGGCAGACCGAGCCGAGCCGAAGGAGCAGCAGUCCGGUCCACCGGGGCCGGGCCACGACACAGCUCGACGCCGCAUGUCCGGCCCGGUGUCCGGGAUAAGAAGAGAUGCAGCCAACCGGAGGGCCGAGCAGCAUCCCGAGUCCCGUUAACCCGAGCUAAAGAGGUGAGCCGUCCCCUACAUUAAACAGGUUUCUGCUCCUGUUCAGCAUCAAACACUCAAUGACAGUUAUAUUUCAGUUUGAGAUUUAUUGCACUUGGAUAAUAGUUGCAUGCGGGAGGGUUCUGCACCACAAUUUUUGCACCAAAAGUCACAUUGCACGAAAUGCUGUUGCAUGACUGGAAAAAACUGCACAUGAUUAUUAUUACUAUUAUUACCAUUACCCCCAAUAUAUUAAACACAAACAAAUAAAAAUAUAAUGAUUGAUAAAAAUUAAAUAAUAAUACCUCAAAAAAUCAGUGAUCAUCAGCACACGGUUUAAUCUUGAGCAGUAUCUGUACACCUGCAGUGCAACAUAUUUACACAGAUUUACACAUAUUUAGGCACCACAUCUCUGCCCUGAUAUUCACACACACACACACACACACACACACACACACACUAGCUGACUCUGGAACAGUUUUAGUUCAAAUCCAAAUUCAACCUAAUUUUUAUGUCGCUUUUCAGACAAAAAAUGCAGUUCAAACUAGAUCUGGAGUUUUUGGGGCCGAUACCGAUUAUUUGGGAGGGGGGAUUACAGAUCAAUUGGCUGAUUUUUUAUUAAAUUAUAAACAAAAUAAAUAAAUAAAUGAAUAUAUAUAUUCAUUUAUUCAUUUAUUCUGUAUAUGUAUACAUAUAUAUGUACAGUAGAUAUCUACAUUACUAUAUAUAAUGUAGAUAUACUGUAGGCUACUGCUCAUCAUGCCGACAGGAAGACUGCCUGCUUCAGAUCCGUCACUCUGCUGUGCUGUGAGGUAGUUAGUGGAUGAAGAUUGUCAUGAGGUCGCUGCGCCAUCUACAGGAUAAGUCGGGGGACUUUUUAAAUGGCGGAACAUUUUCAAAGUGAAAUCGAAUCUUAUUCUCCGCAUUUUAUUUCUGAAAAUAUCGGCAAAAAUCGGCGAGUUUUGGCCGAUUACCGAUUCGUCUCCAACGGGCUAAAAUUUGCUGAUUUAAUCAGCUCGUGGAUAAAUCGGUCAGGCCCUAGUUCAAACAACAAUUAACAACAAUAAACCCCGACCCUCCCACCCACACACCCACUCUAAGACGGGAGUUAAGAAAAAGACAGAGAUAAUUAAUACAAUGACAUAAAAUAAACAUUAAUGUUAACUGUUUGGGUCAUUUUGAAGAUAGAGUCAUGAUAAAAGGCUGCUGGUGAUUGUUUGAUUUUCAGAUGAUGAGCCAUGGACAGCAAUUUUAAUCUUUUCCCGUCUUGGAAAUGACUUGAGGCCUCACAGUCUAGCCGUGUUGGAGAGAGGAGAGUUAAUUUUACUAGACCAAAUAUUUUAGUUAAUGAUCAAGUGCUGAGUAAGCUUGUUUGUGUUUAUAGAGUCUAAACUUCCUAAAAUCCACACUGAGUCCAACAUUUGGUAUCCUCUCAUGCUGAGUUUUCUUUCUGUUGUGGUUUAAUAAAACAACAAUUGCGGCACUUUUCUCCAAAUUCACACCGUAGUUUUACAUCUUAAUCUCCUCUGUGGUGAGUCGUUCCUUUUUCAUGAAACCUUCGAUCAGUUUCUGCUCUCCUGAGAAUUUGGUAUUUCCUGCUCAACUGAAGUUGUUUUCUCUGCAUCUCAGGUGUGUGUGUGUGUGUGUGUGUGUGUGUGUGUGUGUGUGUGUGUGUUUUAAAAAAAAAUCCUUGUAUGUGCUUCUAGAGACCAGCACACAAUCUCAGAAAAAUAACUGCUUUAAUAAGUUGAUUGUAUUUGGAGGUUAGGGACCGGAGCGCUCUGUCUCUCUCUCUCUCUCUCUCUCUCUCUCUCUCUCUCUCUCUCUCUCUCUCUCUCUCUCUCUCUGUGUGUGUGUGUGUGUGCUGAUGUGGAGAUGUUUUGAUGACAUUAGGCGCUGCUGUGCGUGUAAGCCUCCUCAGCCUGUUGCUGGGUUACGUCAUGUUUGUUGUUGUUUAAUAUUAUAAACAGACCUUCUGCUCCAUCUGACUUCUUUAUUACGGAUGGUCACAUGCAGUUAAACGGUCAAACAGCUACAUAGCGGCUCUUUAUAAAGCUCCACCCUGUGACUGUUGUGAAAAAGACUCAUUUCAUGUUGAUUUUCUAUCUCUGUAACAGAAUGGACGUGUGCAGUAAAAACCCAAACCGCACGGCGCCGGUCGGUGAGGACGAUCCCCAUAGAGCCGAUGUGCCUCUUUGCUCCCGGACAAACGGCUGGAGCUGGCCGCCGCACCCCUUCCAGCUGCUGGCCUGGCUGCUCUACGUCUACUUUGCCGUCACGGGUUUUGGUGUGUUCGUCCCCCUGCUGCCUGCGCACUGGAUCCCUGCAGGCUACAUCGUAUCCUUACAGUCGAUGCACACAGUCGCUCAGAGGGAAAACAAAACAACAAAGAGCUGCAACAUUAGAGCAGAUUCAUUCCCCUCCAGAUCACUGAAGAUCCUGAUGAACUGGAGUUACUGUUCACUGUGAGGGAGAGCUACAACAUUCAAAACCAAAUCAGUCAAAUUAUGUCGCUAAAGAUGUAAAGAGCAGCUUUUUUUCCCCGUCCAAAACAGAUUUUUAAGACAUGAAGUACUUAGAAAAGAGUUGGAUGGAAACAGUAUUAACCCCUUGUAGGAAAAAGCAUUAAUACAGGAGCUGAAGUCAAUGAGUCAGACAAAAACAUCAGUCAGUGAAUAUCACAUGAAAGCAUUCAGAGAUAGAAAGAGAAAAAUAAAAGUUAAAAAAUCUGAUUAAUCAUAAAGACAACAUUUAGAUAAAGAUAUAAAACAAGUAUUAAUGCACACAUGAUAGCGUAUAAAAUCUCCCCUGAUGGACGCUGAGACGAAAGAGCGUCUGUGAAGUCCUGCAGUUUGUGACUGAAGCUGAUCUGUGAAUCCCGAGUCCUGAUGCAUGAACAGUGUCGAAGCUUUUAUCCAAAUGUUGUGCUUUAAAUCACCUGGUAUGUUGUUACACUUCGCUCAGGUGCUGUUUGAGAAUUUGCCGCUGGUCUGAAUCGAUGACUCAAACCACUUUCUCUCUAAUUUUUCUGCUCUUUCAUUUGGACUGAGCUGCAGCUAACCUUCGCUCCCAAGAGCUUUUCUAAUUCUCCGACAAAAAAAAACAAACUGUGAACUUGAAAACCUCUCGUCACACUUUUGCAGCGGGUCUUUAUUUCAGCUGACGUAUCACACACAAACGUUAGCUGGAACUCGAUAAUAUGAAACACCUUUGUGCAUUUGUUUGGCACACUGCAGCAGUGAGAGGACUGUGUGUGACCUAGUAUACAAACAAUGAUGGUCCUGAAAUAUUCAAAAUCAUAUAUAAAUGUUGAAUGAGGACAGAAAAGCUUUCAACAUGUCCCAACUCACGAAUUCACAAUGUCAAACAAACAGAGAAGGACGGAGAAAGUCCAGUUAUUUUGUAAAACAUGGAUCACCAUCAGCUCACGAAAACCAACUUUGAUUAGAAAUGUGAAAUUCUGCAGGAGUGUCGUUUGUGCCGCUCUGUUUGUGUGUCAAUCCUGAGCUGUGGUCAGUGUACGGGCAUCGUCUUCGUCUGUCACCUGUGUGUCCACGUCUUGGCCGUGUCCAUCGACCCGGCCGACUACAACGUCAGAACGAAGAGCGACAAAGGUCCGGUCCCCGUGUUCGACCGCUCCAAGCACGCUCACGUCAUCGAGAACUCCCACUGCUACCUCUGUCAGGUGGACGUGUGAGUAACACUCUUCUUCUCCAUCACAUUCGCUCUGACAGAUCUGGGACAAAAAAGCCCGAAUCUCCUCAAAACUCACUGAACAUCGAAGUUCUUUAGCGUCUGUGACCCGAGCACGCUCAACCUCUCAGGCAGAAUAAUAUGAUUUAGAGACACGAAGGAUCCGAAGAGACAGACGACAUGAAUAUUAGAGUAUUUCUUCAUGUACUUCUAGGUUAACGGGUCAGAUCUUGUCAUGUGACUUUAAACAGAGAAUAAAGAUGUUUGUAGAAUUUUAAAAAGGACUCCAUUUUGUAGGUUUGUUUCCUUUAAACUUCAGGACAGUGAGUUUCUCAUAUUUUCAAGUCCUGUAGUUUAAGUACGACAGAAGAGGUGAAGUGUUGUUCAAGCUGAGCAGGUGACGUCGUAUCCCAGCUGGACGUCUCUCAGUGGAAGACGGAGGGUCUCUGCAGGCUGUUGAUGUGAUACCAUCCUUAGUAACACGCUCAUCCCCACCGCUGGUCUUCAGGUGCUUCCACGCCGUCCCCUUCAGACGGGUUGUUUUUCUCCGUGGAAAAAUCCAACAGACCAAACUAUAAGACUGUUUUAAAGUAACUUUAAAGUGGGUAUACUGUAUGUUGAGUUUUUUUCUCCCAACGACGUCAAUCUGCAGACUGUGGAAGACAAACAGUUUUAUUUUUAUUUAUUUUGUAAUUUUGUGGGAAAUACAAAAUAUUUUCAGACCUUGUUUCUAUAAAACAUUCAAGAAAAAAAGAUUUGGAGACUAUAAAGAUGUUAUUUUAGGAGCAAAGUCUAAUUGCUUUAUGCUUUUUUAAUUUGAUGGCUUAUUUGUGUCUUCAUUUGUGAGGUAAUAAUGCGAUAAUCAUUCUGCACGUCGCGGUAUCGAACCACCCUGAAUCACCUCAGGGAGAGUCUCUCACCACGACAGCCGCGGCGUGUUCAAGUGCUCCUGUUUGUGUCCGACUGUCAGAUGACAGCUCCACCUGUUCUUCUCAGCCUCCACACUUGAGCUCCUUCAGGUCUUCACGAACACUUUCUCGCAGAUUUUUGAAGCUUUUCUCAAACGCCGCCUCUCUGUGUGUCUCCAGGUCAAUUCUAAAGUCUUUCUCCAUCCUUUACGUUUCUCAGACGGCGCCUCAGUUCAGCACAGAAACUACAGGAAGUGAAUUAUUAACUGCAGUUGUCUAUAAAACAUUCAGUGCAUGUCUCUCUGUGUUAAAGCUGAAAAACAUCUUCAGAUCGAGGUGAAUUCUUACUUCCUGUCGCCUCAUCAUCUCGUCCUCAUGUUCACGCCGUCAGAAGCGAUUCGAGGAGAUUUGAGUUUGUGAAGUCUGAACACGCUCUGUUCUUCUUCUCUCCGGGUUGUCAGCCGUCGACGUGCUUUAUGCAGCACACUUCUCCAACAUGGUGUAAAUAAUUAAAGCUCUCACUUGGAGCUCUUCAAGCCUGAGGAAAACCAGGUCAGCGGGCCGGUUUCUCCCAGGAGGUCCUGCAGAACUGGGUCACAGCCAGAAGCUGUUACACACCAGACUGACACACAUGAACCUGCGGCCUGCUCUCCACGUGAGGCCUCUGCUUCUGUGCUGGAGUUCAUUAAAGAUAAAUACUUUUACCGACAACAGCAGCUUCUUGUUGUGGAGGAGUUAAAGAGUAACCAGGAACCAGGAUUCGCUAAACCUCAUCAGGCUGGAUUCAGAAGACCUCAUUCUGGUCUCAAAGUGGUUCAUGAAGGAUGUCUGAUGGAGUUUUUUACUGUCAAGACAACAGCGGAGAGCUUUAGAAGUCAUACUUCUUCAUUAUAAUCCAGCAGUAAGGACCCAGUUUGGCUCAGAGUCCGCCGUCCUGUCGUCACCUCAGGAUAGUUGUUCUGGUUCUGGUUCUGACAGUAUUUGGUGCAUUUAAAGCCCCUCUACUAAAACGAGCAUGAGUCUGGAGAAACGCACCGUCAGAGAACAACCGAGUCUGCACUCUGAUGAAAUCUGUGUUUGAUUCUGUGAGAGUCUGUGUGAGGAGAUCUGGGCUGUAAAGUGACAUCUGAAGGUCACAGAGUCAUUACUGUGUGUGUGUGUGUCUGUGUGUGUCUGUGUGUGUGUGUGUGUCUGUGUGUGUGUAUGUUGUGUUGUUGCAGAGGUCCCAAGUCAAAGCACUGCAGUGCCUGUAACAAGUGUGUUGCCAACUUCGACCAUCACUGUCGGUGGCUCAACAACUGUGUGGGGAGCCGAAACUACAAGUGAGUUUGUCCUUCUUGUUCUUGUUCUUCUUCUUCUUCUUCCUCUUCCUCUUCUUCCUCUUCUUCUUCUUCCUCUUCUUCUUCUUCUUCCUUUUCUUCUUCUUCUUCUUCUUCUUCUUCUUCUUCUUCUUCUUCUUCUUCUUCUUCUUCCUCUUCCUCUUCUUCUUCUUCUUCUUCCUCUUCUUCUUCCUCUUCUUCUUCUUCUUCUUCUUCUUCUUCCUCUUCCUCUUCUUCCUCUUCUUCUUCUUCUUCUUCUUCUUCUUCUUCUUCUUCUUCUUCUUCUUCUUCUUCUUCUUCUUCUUCUUCUUCUCUGACGGUUUCCUGCAGAGUCACAGACUCAUUUGUUCGCUUGUUACUUCCUUUUGUGAGUCUUGUUGUAGCCACCACUUUUGUUGUCUGUCUGCAGUUUAGUGUUCACUUUCAUUUUCUCAUUUUACAUGUUUAAAAGAAAUAAGUGGUUUUAAUAAUUGUUUUUUUCUGUCCUUCAUUUGAACAGUCUGUGCUUUGGUUGCUGCUGUGUGUGUGUGUGUCUGUAGUGUGUAUCUGUGUGUACUCAGUGAAUCUCUGUGUGUCUCUGCAGGGUGUUCCUCCACAGCGUGGUCUCCGCUCUGUUGGGGGUCUGUCUGGUUCUCAUCGUUGCCUCCUACGUCUUAAUUGAGUUUUUUCUCGACCCAUCCAAACUCCGCACCGACAAACACUUCCUGGGUAAGACCGGACCUCAAUAAACCUUUCCUUCACCAUAAAUGUGAUUUAAAUACUCUUAACAAGAGCAGGUCUAUGAUUCACUCUGAUCUUAAUCCAAUGAAGGACAAUGCAACAUUUAACGAGUGAAGCUGGUGAGAAAAUCUUCCUAAACAGGCAGAAACCUUAAAGAGAACCAGAGUCUGUUUCUUCUGUAAUCCUGACCUGGUCAUUGUUUACUGGGUUAAAGUCAUUUGGGAUCUUAGAAACAGUGGAUGGGUGUCAUUUAGGUUCUGAAAUUCACUGUAACUGACUUUAUUUUGACUGUGAAGAAUAGAACAGAAAAGAGAAGUCCAGGUUGAAGAUCUGGAUUCAGCUUUAAAUCCAAAGUCUGUGUCCUCGGUGUAACUGUGUCUGUCUGUCUGUCUGUCUGUCUGUCUGUCUGUCUGUCUGUCUGUCUGCAGUGAGGAACGAGACCGGUGUGUGGUUUGUGUUCCUGCCCGUCGCUCCCAUCAGAUCCACAGCAGCAGUGAUUCCUGGUCUGGCUGCUGUCACCAUCGCUCUGGGUCUGCUGUCGUCUGUGCUGCUCUGUCACCUGCUCUGCUUUCACAUCUACCUGAGUAAGAAAAGGAGGAGAGCGCACCUGUCUGUCUGUCUGUGUAUCUGUCUGUGUGUUUGUCUGUUUUAGGUACAGAUGAAAUAGAUAUACAAAAACUUGCAGAUUAUCCUCAUAAUUGUAGUUUUAUGUGAAACUUGUUUAUUUUAAAAGUUGAGUUUCAGACGUCAAAAAUGAGGCAAAAUGAAACUGAGAAACAAAACCACAUUUUUCCUGGACCAACAGUAGAUGGCAGUAGAGAGGCUGCAGUGUCACACACUCACCCUGGCUGUGUGUAUUUGUGUGUGAGCGCAGUGUGGAACAGACUCAGCACCUUCGAGUACAUCAUACGGCAGCGCCACCGUCAGGACGGCAGAGACCCCAGAAAACCGGGGUCAGUGAAGGAGGCGGCGGCUCCGUCCGUCAACAUCAUCAAGGUAACUGCGGCGGCCAUGUUGGCUCUGAUGUGCUGAGGGAGGGGGAGGGGCUCUAUCCUUGGCAGCUCCGAUGUUCCAGUUGGUAGCUCGAAAUGUGGUGUUUGGAGCAGCUGUUCUCAAGGAUACCGCUGUGUCAUGUGACUCAUACAUCACCAUAGAUACUCACACACAACAUCCUCUUAUAAAAUCUGCACCACCCACUUCAUGGCAGGAGCUUAAAGAAAGAAAACAAGGGAGUCCAGCUUUAUUGUUCACAUUUAUCCAGCUUCACCCUCUGAGUUCACAGCUUCGAACCCCGGGGGAGCGAGUCGACGGAGAGAAAAAUAAACACAGAAAUCAAAGGGACAGAAACGGAUCACUCUGCCCAGGAUGAGAUCACUUUCUAGGGUAAACUAGACCGAACAAAAACCCACGAGAAAAUGAACAAAUGAGAAAAUUAGUCUGACAGCAACGAGUUCAUAGACCAGGCAGACAAAUAAGAGUCUGCAAAAACACAAACCUGAGACUAAAACAACCUUAAAAGAAGAUGGACGGAGAAAAGAUACUCAGAAAAACAAAAGUCAAUAAAAUGUUUUUUGUUUUUCAUCUUUUACAUCGUAUCCUGCAGACCUGCAGAGACCGUAGAAAAACAUGUCCAGAGUGAGGAAGUUCAGUCUGCUGAGUCUGCACUGAGAUCUUUAAACAGAGACACCUUAAAGUAAAGAGUCUUUGUAGGUGUGUUUCAGCUAAGUGUGGGUCUUCUGCUCUCCCCUCUCAGGAUGUGACCUACUCAGGGACUCUGGGUUACACCAACCCUCAGCUGGACGUGGAGGAACCUACCACUGUGGUCGUACGGGGGGAACCAGAGUAAGUGUCUCGAGCCUCUCCUGUUCUGGCUCUGAUGAUCCAUCGUGUCUCUCAAACUGCAGACAUGUUAGUGGAGUCCACUCUCCGUGGACGGCCCAUGACCUGCUGUGAUUGGUCGAGACUGACCCACCAGGUCCGUUCAUGUUUCAGUAAACAGCCGGCAACAGUUAUUUCAUAACACAAUGAGGCUGGAGCACGGUCACCAUGGACACUGUUUUCUUUGCAGAAAACAAAGUGUGCAAAAUGAAAUUCUUUGGCCCGAACUUCCAGGAAGCAAACAAAGUGUGUAUUGUGUGAGUGAGUGUGUGUUUGAACUGUGGGCGGAGGAAGCUGUGUGUAUUAGUCCAACAGAAAGGCUUCAUAAAUAACUCCACUAAACGUGGCUGUUUGCCCCGAAGCUCCACUGCUGAGAGUGACGAAGGAAACUUUAUUUAUACUGCAGCUCUCACAGCCGCCAGGAGGACGGGAGCGCGGAGGAUGACAGGCUGAGGAGAGCAGAGGGCUUUUUAUUCUCUCAGGGGAACAUUGAGAAUAAUUUAUGGAAAUGUUGUAUUUGAAUAUCAUACACAGAAGAUACUCAGUGUGAUCCACACAUGAAAAAGAAAAGAUGAAAAUUUCUCUCUAACAGAUACAAAGCGUUGUGCAUAAACACUCUAGAGUCAAACUGGAGUUAAAAACCAGAAUUAAAGCUCCUGUGAGGAACUUUAGAGAUACUGGUACAGUGAUCUCUGCUGAUUUGACCCUGAACAUGUAUAAAUUAUAUUCUUGACAUAAACUUUCUGGUUGGUUUCUACUGUCCGAUAUUGUAGCACGCUAACUUUGUUUGGGCUCCUGAACGACACGGGGGAGCAGCGUCUGCCUCACAACCAAUCAGGUUAGAGGAGGUGGAGAACGGCUUUGUUUACAGUCAGAAAGAGCGGACCGCUCAAAAAUGUUCAAAUGUUGACGACACAGACAGAAGAGAACAUAUUAACAAAUGUCAUCAAUAACUAAUUACUAUUGACUGAUAUUAAAAGAUUUUUUGUAAAUACACAACAAAAUAAAAAGAUGCUUCUUCAACAGAUUCCUGACUACUUCACCUUUAAGGUCCUGAAAAGUUCACCUUAAAAACCACAGAUCCUGCUUUUUUAGUACAGGUCCCAUUUCUGACCUCAGUCUGUGUGUGUGUGUGUGUGUGUGUGUGUGUGUGUGUAUGUGUGUGUGUGUGUGUGUGUUUGUGAUUGUGUGUGUGUUUCAGAUUCUUGGCUAACGGCAGAGUCAGGUCUGUGUCCAGUCCUGUCAUGGAGGAAGAGCCUCUGCCAAACGUGUCCACAGAGCUGAAAGCAGCUGCACACACACACCGACGCACACAGGUAAAACACACACACACACACACACACACACACACACACACACACACACACCGACGCACACAGGUAAAACACACACACAUCAGCACAGAGAGUCAAACUGUUAUGCAGACAUUAUACCAGGACAAAAUCUGUGCUGUCAGACUGAGGAGUUGGUGAAAUCGUGGUGAACUUUUAUUCUGACAAAGUUUUUAUUUCAGAGUAAAUGUCUGAAGGAAGACGGUUUGGACUGUGUUUUUUUUCUUUUUGUAGAAAAAGAAGAAGAAAGUUCGUAAAGUUCCAGCAGAGGUCACCAGAGAGCGCUGCCUGAAUACAACCCUGCCCCCUGGUACACACACAAACACACACACACACACACGCACACACACACACACACACACACACACACACACACACUUGUCUGUCUAAACAGGUGAGGACCGUCACUCAGUGUGAUAAUUUUAGGUGAACUGUAAACGUCCCUCAGGGGGCGCUAGCUGCACAGCCAGCAGUUACAGUUUUUAAACCAAUCAGGACACAGACGAGUCACGAGGAGAAAAUGACUAAAUACCACCACGGUCACAUGAAUCAGAAAAAUGUCAUGCUGCGUGUUUUUAUAUUUUUUUUAUUUUUCAUAACAAUCAGACUUUUGAUGGCGUUUCAUUGAAGCUGUAAAAGACAAACCAAUGGUUUCUUUAUGACUGUGUAUUCAUAUUUAGGGGUAAGAAGAACUCUGUAGUGAUCUGUAGUAAAUGUAGAAUUUACUGCAAAGUGAAAAACCCUCAAACUUUAACAGUGGGGAUAAUAUUCAAGCACAAUUACAAGCUGAUGCAUCCCUAAAGAUGACGCACAAUGCCAAACAUGACACGCCAUGUUUUCCACGCUGUGGUUUCCACUCCAGAGUCCUGUCGGUUUUUACUGCAGUGAGGGCCUGAAGAUCAGGACCAUCCAGGCCUGGUUUUGGUCCUUGGGUCAUGAGCCAAAUGUAGAGCAAAGGAUUUAUUAAAGUUAAAGCAAAAAGGAAAAGUCCAACUAAAACUUCCUCUUUAAAUGUACAAACAAAAAAAAAAAACAAGAAGCAAAAUCCAAAGAAUCAACACUGGGAAAAAAACACAAGGAGACAACUGGGGACACAAGCGUACGCUGACAUGGACCAACAUACGCAAAUAAUGAACCAACCAGACAGACGGGAAGACAAGGAAUCAACUCCUACAAAAUAAAACAGGAAAUAAACACUGAAAACUGAUCCAAAGAAUAAAACACAGAGAAGAGGAGGGAAACAGAGUCAAAGACAAAACUGAAAACUCACAACACUGGACGACAGGGGAACAGGAACACUAGAGAAAAAACACAGAAAAUAAACUCAAAUAAAACCAGGAGAAAACUAAAUUAACAGAUCGUUUUGUGACACCUUGUCCUUUUCUCUGAAUCUUUGAACGAUGUUUUGUGCUGUAGACGAUGAAUCCACUCAUUCUUCCACGUUCACAGUCAUGUGUUUGACCUGUUGGAAAUUUACCUCAUGGGUUGGAGAUGUUCCUUCAGCUCCUUUCUACCUGUAGAGUUCAAAAUAAGCACGUGUUUUCCUUAAUACAUGUACAUGUUUGAAGUUUCACGACUCUUUGGGUUAUUUUUGUCAAACAUGACCUUUAAACGAGUUGCUAACAGUAAGAGUUUGUUUUUGAUCAUCCUCUCACACAGCCUCUUUGCUUUUAUGAAACUGAAACUUCAUCCUAACUCUCUUUUGGCAGAUCCCAGCAGUGUGUCCACUUUGUCCUUGAGUCAGCGACUCCCUUUCCCAGCGUUCCCGCUGAGAGCCUCCCUGCCCCCCCUGGCUCCGCCCUCAGGCCCCGUCCAGGCCGCCGCUCCACCUGCUGAGUACCACUCAGACUCUGCGGAGUCUUUGGAGGAGAUCCCGGUGGCCUUGGCCAAACUGGGCUCUUCAUCCUCUGCAGCUGCUGCUGGAAGAGACGCCUCCACGUCCUCACACAGAGCCUUCCCCCUGCCCUCCCCCCAGCCCAGGACUGAGAGGAAGUCCUCCUCCCGCACAAAUAAAAGCACCGCGGGUCUGAGGUUCGAGAUGGCCUCCACUCAGCCUCCAAUCGUUUUUGUUAGCCGGGCGAGCGGAGAAGCCUGCGGGCCCCGAGAGGAAGGCCUCAGUCUGGGCAGGAGGCAGCCCGGGUCCAGACCGGCCUCUGUGACCUCCCAGGCCUCCUGGAUGGACCUGUAA